UUUAGGCGUUUAGAAGCGGAUCAGUCCUGUUUAGGUUUCUUGCUCUUUCAGGCGUUCGCCGCUUCGUUCCUUUCCGUAGAUCUUGCCUUAGCUGUCGGCGGACGCAGAGUUGCAGCAGCUGCUGCUAAGGAACCAACCGGAAGGAAAUGGGGGGUUCCGACCAAGCUGAAGAGAGCUAGGUGUGACUGGGCGAUCAGCGGCAGGAAGCUGCAGAGUGCACGUUACGCCAAGGGUGGGCCGACGGGGAAGAAGAAUUUCUCCGCCGGCAUGUAGAUGUAAUUGGGCUUGGGCGGACUUGUUUCUCUUUGGGUUGGGUUUAGUAUAUACAAGGUGGAAUGGGCCGUGAAAGUAAAUAAGCCCAAAAAAUGUAACCCAAACGAAACUAGACAGGAAGCCCGCCUGGGUAAAUAACACAAGGAAAUUGACUCUAUGAAUACACUCUGGUCCGUGAACAACAAAGGCAAUAUCAAAACUAAC